UCCCGCCUGGGUGGGGUCAGAGGUAGCAGUUCCGGGUCGGCGCCUGGCCGGGCGGGGCGGAACGGAACCAUGACCUCGCUCCGGGCCUUCACCUGCGACGACCUCUUCCGUUUCAACAACAUUAAUUUGGAUCCACUUACAGAGACUUAUGGGAUACCCUUUUACCUACAGUAUCUGGCUCACUGGCCAGAAUAUUUUAUUGUUGCAGAAGCACCAGGUGGAGAGUUAAUGGGUUACAUAAUGGGUAAAGCUGAAGGCUCCGUGGCCAGGGAGGAGUGGCACGGGCAUGUCACUGCUCUCUCCGUUGCGCCCGAGUUCCGCCGGCUGGGUUUGGCUGCUAAGUUGAUGGAGCUACUGGAGGAAAUUUCAGAAAGAAAGGGUGGCUUUUUUGUGGAUCUCUUUGUAAGAGUGUCGAAUCAGGUUGCAGUAAAUAUGUACAAGCAACUGGGCUACAGUGUCUACAGGACGGUAUUAGAGUACUACUCAGCUAGCAAUGGGGAGCCUGACGAAGAUGCUUAUGAUAUGAGGAAAGCGCUUUCCAGAGAUUCAGAGAAGAAAUCAAUUAUACCAUUACCUCAUCCUGUGAGACCUGAAGACAUUGAAUAACUUUAAGCUGUGGUUCUCAGGCAACUUACCAAAAAUAACGUUUAUGGACAAUUUAAAAUUUACAGUGCAAAGAGCAUCAAAUGUUUUUUGAAGGUAACAGAAAAGAUCUUGGCUAGAUGAGGAGGAAGGCAGCACAGGCUGAAAAAAGGAGUUCAGGCACAGGGUUUUACUUUUCAUAAAGCCCCAAAA